UUGAAGAAUAACAUAGGGGCUAAACUUCUCUUUCCAAACUCACAUUGUUUCUUCAUCCUUCAAUCCAAUUUGAGUUUCAACUUUGAAGAUAAUCAUGACCGAUAUUGAAGAAGGAGAUUAUAACAGCACAAAUUACACCAUGAUUGAUAAUGACAAAAUUAAUUAUGACAGCACAAUCACCACCGAAGCUGAAUUAGAGGACAAGUUUUGUGAGUACACACUAGAAGGAAAUUGGAAAGAAGUUGAGGAACUAUACAAAUUAGAUGUAAAAUUCUGCACAAUAGACAUAAACAAAAGCAGAGGGACAGCCCUCCAUGUGGCAGUAAACGAAGGCAACAAAAAUGUUGUUAGCAGUCUUGUUGGUUUAAUAUUACAUCACAAAAAUGUGGAAGCACUUGAAAAGAAGAACGAGAAUGGGGACUCACCUUUGCACCUUGCAGCAUCAAGAGGGUAUAAAGAAAUUUGUGAAUGUAUAAUUGGAAAAAAUGAUGAAAGGAAGUAUUUGAUUUACAUUGAUAAUAAAAAUGGAGAGACACCUUUUGUUUCUUGCUUCACUUUCUUGGGAAAAGAAAACGUUUUUAUAUUUGUUCUCUUUUCAUCCGUUUGAUUAGAAAGACAAAGAUAUUUUUUAUUCUAAAGAUUUUAUUAGGUUGAAGGGAGAUAGUAUCCUUCAUUGCGCUAUUCAGAGAGAAUUUUUCGGUAAAAUACAUAUUAUGAGUUUAGAUAUCUAUGGUCGAUAUAAAAUACAACAAUGAUAGAGUCUCUUAGAUUAAAGAGCGAAAUAAAUAGUUCAAAAUCUAACAAUUUCUAUAAUUGUUGUAUUGUGCAUCGACUACAGAAGAUUUACGUAGUAUAAAUUUCUAUGUGAGCAUUUUAAUAUGUAUAAUAUUCUAGAUGAUAUGAAUGGUUAAUUCCUUAUAGUGUACUACAACAUUGGACAUGUUAGAAAAACAUUUGCUAAAUUACUAAUAUUUGUAUUUACUACGUCAGAUUUGGCUCUUAUAAUAAUACAUAAAUAUCCUUUACUUGGUGGAAUUCCAAACAACUAGGGUUACACACCUCUCAAACUUCUUGCUACUAGGCCCUCAGCAUUCGAAAGUGGAUGCAAGAUGAUGUGGUGGAAGAAGAUUCUAUACCACUUUGCAGCUUCUGAUAAUAAGGAAAAGAAACAAAAAGUGUUGCGAGAUCAGCAACAAAACAAUAUGUCAAUGCCAUCUGAUCCUUGGUUCCCGAAGGAUCAUGAGCUUUUUCCAGAAAACUAUGCUACAUGUCUUUGGUUCCUAAAGUUUAUAUACAUCUCUAUCCUUGGCCUUUCAGGAGUAGGUAUGUAUGUGUCUCAAAUGUCUAGCUAAAUUGAUUUCAUUAUCUAUAACUAAUUGUUUGUUUCAUUCUAGACAUCAAUACUUUUAAUUGAAAACAUAUGUUUUGGUGUUCGACAUGUGUCAGUGUGACACUUUAAUUAUAUUCAAUUAAUUUACUUUUUUGAACUUGAAUUUGACUAUCUCGAUUUUUAUUGUAAAAGAGGUUUAUGAAAUUAAGAAAAUGAAGCAAAAACAUAAAUGGUGUAGUCAACUAUUGACCAUUUUUAUGAAGAAGACUCGUGAUUCCUACUUGGGAGAUGGCGGCAAACCACUUCUAAAUAUGAGUGAACCCAAUAUACACGAGAUUUUAAAAGUGACUGCAACAUUGAAAAGUGAGGAUGCAAAGAAGUCUAAAACAUCGAAAACGGAGCAAGAAAGAAAGGCUGAAACACUGAAAAGUGAAACACCAAUAUUGACUGCAGCAAGACAUGGCAUAGUUGAAAUGGUGAAUGUGCUUGUAAACAAAAUACCAAGUUCCAUCUACGAAACUAAUUUGGAAAAUAAAAAUAUAUUAUUAGUGGCAGUUGAGAACAGAAGGACCAUUGUUGUUGAGUCAUUAAAGAAAUGGUUUGAAAAGCGCAAUGCAAAGCCACAAUUUGAUAACCUAAUCCAAUGGGUAGAUAAUGAAAACAACACAGUGUUACAUUUGGCAGCUACACCAAGUGAUGAAGAUUGGAACAUAUCUGGAGCUGCCUUGCAAAUAAUGUGGGAUAUCAAAUGGUUUCAGUAUGCAAAAGGACUAGUCCCAGAGCAUUUCAAAGUUAGAACCAACAAAGAGAACAAAACUGCAAGAGAAAUAUUCAAGGAAAAACAUAAAUCUCUAGUAGAAAGUGGUACGCAAUGGCUAAAGGACACAUCAUAAUCUUGCUCUGUAGUUGCAGCACUCCUUGCAGGUGUUUCCUUUGCUACUUCAAGCACUGUACCAGGUGGCAACAAAAGUGAAACAGGUGAACCUGCAUUGGAAGGAAAGCCGGCAUUUGAUGCAUUUGCUUUGUCAUCAAUAAUUGGCCUUUGCUUCUCUGUCACUGCACUCAUAAUGUUCCUUUCGAUACUCACUUCUCGAAAAGAAGCCAAAGAUUUCAGAAUUGAUCUGCCAAGGAAACUUCUUUUGGGACUGACUUCUCUUUUCUUGUCCAUUGUUGCAAUGUUCACUGCUUUCUGCUCUGGUCAUUUCUUUUUGAUUGACCAAAAAUACAAGCAGAUUAUGUACCUCAUUUAUUUAGUCACUUGUUUCCCGGUGACUUUGUAUGCAGCAUCACAACUUCCACUCUACAUUGAUCUUCUCAAAGGUAUUGUACUCAAAAUUCCAAUGACAGGUGCUAAGGGUGAGGACAUAUAAAGGUGUAUGAUGAAUUGAAAAUAUGUUUAGUUUAUACAGAUAACAACUACAGUCAAUUGAGUACUACUAUUUAUGCUUGUAGAAGUUUAUAUAUUUAUGUCUCAUGUUGGAUUGUGCUUAUUUAAGUAAGGUUUCUAAUAUCAUGUGAUAUGUCAAUGCUUA